AUGGCCUCCGUUUGCAUUUCCAAUUGCAUCAACGACGCUCGUCUCCCCGUCCGUCCCACCUACAUAAACCUCUACAAGUGGCCGGAAUCCGACGCCGAGUUCAUCCGAUCCGUCAGUUCUAAGCUCAAUCGAACUUCUCGAGUCGUCGAUAGCAUCUCUUGCCGUCAGAUGUACCUCCGAAGCUACACUUUCUCUCGAGAAGAAGAGCACGCGCCAGAGACCAAGACUAAUAAGUGUUUCGCUAAAGUCGGAAUGCGCCAGAGAAUCUCUCGCCGGAAAAAGAAGAAGACGGCGGCGUCUGAGUCCAGCGACGGCGAUGAGAAGAUUAGGAAAUCUUCCAGGUUGAAGAAAGCGAAGGAGAUUUCCUGCGCCGCUUUGACGUCUGUGUUCCGACGGUUGUUAUCGUGCACCGCUAAAGUCGACGUCGCCGAUACUAUGCGAGAGGUUCAUUAG